CUUUUGGCGGCCUCUUCAGGCCCAGAACUUGACCUGCAGUGGGCCUUUGCAGGCCCGGCCUCCUGCCUCUCGAAGGCCUGCACGGGCCCGGCCUCGGCCUCGGCCUCACAGCAGACUCUCCAUGCCCAGCUAGCUCUCGCCUCACUGCGGCCUCCCGAGUCCAAAGCUCCUGCCUCUCGGCCGCGUCGGCAGGCCCAGCUCCCGCCUGCCAGUGGCCUCUUCAGGCCCAUGGGGCUCAUUCCUCACAACCUUUCCAGGCCCAGUUUUUCCCUUCCGGCGGCCUCUCCGGGCCCAGAGCCUCCUCAACUCGGCCUCUCCAGACCCACUUGCAGCCUCCCGGCGUCCUCUCCCGGCCCAGCUCUUCCUCCCGGCUGCAUCUCCAGGCCCGACUCUGGCCUCCCAACAACGUCUUUGGACUCAGCUCCUGCCCAGCUCCUAGCGGCCCUGGUAGGCGCACAACUUCCCGAAGCCAAGCUCCCCAGGCCCAGCUCAGGCCUCACGGUGGCCUCUCCAGGCUCAGCUCCUGCCCUCCGAUGGCAUCUGCAGGCCCCAAAUGGUCUCCGGUCGGUGGGCUCCUCUAGGCCCAGCUUGGGCCUCCCGGCGGCCUCUGCAGGCCCAAGUCGUCCUCAAGUUGGCCUGCAAUUGGGCCUGGAAGAGCAGCAAGUCGGCCUCCCCGGGCCCAGCUCCGUCCUCUCGGCGGCCUCUCCAGGUGCAAAACUUCCUCGAGUCAGCCUCUCCAGGCCCAGCUCCUCCUGCCUCCCAGUGGCCUCUUUCAGCCCAGCCCAGCUCAUGGCUCUCGGCAGCCUUCCAAGGCCCCGCUUUUGACUUUUGGCGGCCUCUUCAGGCCCAGAACUUGACCUGCAGU